AUGCUGGCUAAACAUGCCAUCGCAGACAUUACACUUCGCUGGGCCACACCACUCUUGAAGCAAGAGCUGCUAUAUCUGUCGCAGGCCGAACAGCAAAGUAAUCAUCCCUCAGUCAAGCCCAAGCGCCGCAUCUUCAUCAACGGUGGCAGUGGUUUGACCGACACCUUUGGCACCCAACUCGCCGUGGCUGCAGACCAUGCUGGGACUAGUUCUUGCUCUGGUUGUGAUGCUGGGCUUCGCCAACCUCUGGGAGCCGAGAUCAUCGAUCACACGAAAGGCACUUUACUACAGGAACUGAGGAUCUGA